AUGCUGCGUCGGCGCAGCCUCAAGUCCACACCGGACCUCAGACGCCGCAAGUCUACCUCUUCCACGCGCGGAGUUGUCCUCGAACAUAUCAAUCCCGCGCUAGCGCAACGAGAUGCCCACAUUGCUGCCUGGGAGGCCUACAGCAGAGCCCAGAGCCGCGCGACCACCGACAUGUCCCUGUUUCCCCCGCCCCCGGAGUCGUCUCCCUGCCGAUUGUCUGAGCGGAGCGCCACAAGCCAGGGUGACUCCAUCGAGAAUGAUGAAGAUCUCCGCCGCCGACAGAGCGUACGCUUUGUGGGACCGUGUUUUGUGCCGCCAAGGCGCCGGAACACUCGCGAAGGCUCAGACACGCAUUCGGCGGACGGGCGAGAUGGGGCUGGACCGAUGAGCCCCCAGAGACACGCUCUGGGACGCAGCGAGGCGGAGUCAGCCGGCCAACCCGCGAGCGCUCCUCGGAGAGCGCCGCUCCCAGUCUCGUUUCCGAAGAUCGCUACUGGCCAUCUCGAUGCUCUCGCCGCUGGGGAGGAAUAUUACACCUUGGAGGACGACAUUGCGUCCGCCCCAUCGUCGUAUCGCCGUCUUCACAGAUCCCGGUCGAUGUGGGCCGUUCCGCAAGAUGCCAGGAGAAGCCACGAGAGCGGGCAGGCUUUGGGAAGCAGGUUCUCCAAGUCUACCUUCCCGUCUAUGUCGGCAUCCCGCAGAUUCUUCCGUUCUGAGCCCACCGAAGUCCAAUCCCCGCGGGAGAUGCCGACACUGCGAGCUCCCAAGUCGAUGAGCUUUCUGACGCACCGAACCUGCCGCUCCAGGUCCAGCACCAGCCGAGAUGAAAGCACCCGAGAGCCACAGUCUUCUAGAUUGCCCGGUCUCCUCGAAGACGGAUCCGCCGUCAUCGAGGACAAGGCACGGCGGCCUCGAUACAAGUCAUCCACGCUGUUCGGCUCGAGAAGUCGCCGGACGGAUCUGAAGCUGCGCAAGUCUCUCCGCAGCAGCAGCACGACUGAAGAUCUCGCGGCAUCCAGUUCGGGCCCGUUGAACUACCCGGCAGAGCAGAAGACGUUGAGUCUGAAGACGAGGAAAGCGUCAAUGUCGCUCAGGCUUAAAAUCAAGAACUUCUUUUCUGGCACAAAACCUGAUGAGGGUGCAGCGUCAAUUCCUUGCCAACAUAUUGAGUCCCAGAGAAGCCGUGUCACUGUCAUCCCGACUCCAAGCGAUGACGCUGAAGCUCCUGCUGAUCAAGACCGCGAGGUCAUCCGCGGCCCGCCGGCUAGAGUGCCAUCCCUUCAGAUCGUGUCGCCCGGGCUCGUUCACUCUAGCAGGGCAAGCGUGGUGAGCUUGAAGAGCGAGCGAGACCGGAACGUGUCGGACGGCUCUUCCUUGACGAGCUGGGUACAUUCCGGACCUAGCACGCUGACAAGCCAGGAGCAGCAGCAGUGGAGAGAAUGGGAAAGACAGCGCCUUUCUAUUAUCAGGGAGAAUGGCGCGCGCACCCCGUCCACUUCGCUGCCGAGACAGCCUCACGGCUCAGGGCUGUUCCAGCCUCCCGAGAGCGCCGCUGGCCGCCCCGUCGCCUCCCGCCCGGUUGUGGACAGCCAGCGCAUCUACUCGGCUCUCGUGAAACGGAUGCACGCACUGGGUUUGAAGAUGAAGGAGAAGACCGCGGAGGAGCGGUCUGAGGCCGUUGAGUCGGACCGCUCUGCACCUCCGAAAGAGCAUCCAGACCGCUCUGCUAGCAACACACCCGACACCAUCAGACGUAUCAGACCUGGACGGAAAGAUCCGGAAGCACCUGACAGCAUAAUCACGCCUACCUGCUCUUCCAAAGGAGAGAAUCUAUCUCGCUUCCGGGAAUCUUGGGACGAGAAAGAAACCAAUGAUCACGAGGUGACUCCGACUCCGCUCAACCGUCGUCGGGACAGAGUUGGCGGUGUUUCUGGCUCUUUGGGACCGAUUGAUCGUGGGCUGGCUGAUGUGGCAAGCGGGCAAGCCGGAGAUGAGGAACAGGCCGUAUCCGGCCACAACGGCAUAUUCGCCCAGGACGACGCGCAGUCAGACUGGCGGUCCAGGGUCGUCGACAGCCCGGCCUCGUAUCUCUUCAGGACGGCCAGCUCCUACCGUCGCGCUCUUAGAAAGUCAAUGCAGGAGGAGCAGAAUGCCUGGGCCCAACAGAGUUCCGCCAGCGAGCAGGACUCUGACACGGGCACUCAGGUGCGUCACUCGAGCCAGUUCACCGGGCUGCUAGCGAGCGAGUCCAACUCCGCGAAGGACCUCGACUACGCCGAGAGCAUUUAUUCCUCAGACGACGGCGUGUUCGGGUCAGCGUUGCCCUCAACCCCCGCCAUGUACCGCGCUGGCGGCUGCCGCGAGGCGUCCGCGGCGAGCUCGAUCGAGUGGAAGACUUGGCUGUCCGCCAACAUCGGCAAAUUUGAGCCGUCUCCGACCCCCUCCAAGCCAGCCGAGGCUGUCUUCGGCCAGCCCACCAUGCCGCGCAGCGUUCUGAGCGGCCACUUUGCGUCCACGAGGCGCCACGUCCGCGAGCAAGCCCAGAUCCACGACGAAGACGACCACAUGGACGACGACAAGGGUGGCGACGUCUUCAGCUCCGCCGAGCGGAAACCGGCUCUGCCCGCCAUCUCAACCCCGACUCCGCUGAGCAGGAGGAGGAGAACGACGACGACGACAGCAGCAGCAGUAGCAGCAACGAGAACGGCAACUCCACUCUCCCAGCUCGAACCAAACGUGCUCAAACCUCCCCCGCCUGCCCCUCCCUACCCGCCGCCGCCCUCGCCCCUGAGACGCUCCACGAAGGGAAUAUCUCCGUCCCCAUCCACGGCCACUACUGCUACCACCCACGGCACUUUGACCUCGACAGCAGCAACAACACUGCCGUCGAUCAGUGGCGCAGCUGUUCUCACCGAGAAUGAGAGCCCCACCCGCCCGCCGCCGCCGCCGCCGCCAGUCCCGCCGCGCAGCAAGCUGCGGCCGGAGCCGCUGCGGAUCGUGCGGCCGUCGCUGACGAAGGGACAGGCUGGCGCUGGGGCCGGAUCAGAUUCGAUGUCGCUGCUCUCGAGUCCGGGUCUGAGCGAGGCGGUGCUGAGGCAGUUCGGGCCGGUCUCGUUCCAUCCUUCUUCGUCUGCUUCUUCUUCUUCUGCUGCUUGUGGAAAGCCUAGUUACGGUAAUCAUAGCGAGAAAGGGACGGGGAAUUGGCGAGCGGGGAUUGCGGAGGUGCUGCUGGCAGGGGACGCCGCCAGCGGCGACGGCGACGGUGAAGGACAGCAACGCGGGAGGGAAGUGGCGGCGGUCGGGUGUGACGAGAGUGUGGCGUUUCUGUGAUUUGAGCUGCGCACGCUGGCAGGGCAAGGCUUGUGUUCCCGCUGCAUGUUUUGUGGGUACUCGAGGAAACGGUGUUGGUGGCUGGUAUGGGAUGGUGUCUGGUGUGGGAUGGUGUUUGGUACGGGCUGAAUAUAUACAAGUAGUCGGUUUGAGGAUGGAUGUUGAGUUUGGCGGG